AUGAUCUAUCAAUUGGGACCAACAAUGGGGAUUGCUCGUUAUAUCAAUCGUCUUCUUCAACCCAUCUAUUAUCGCGUGGCUUCUUUAACGACAUUUUUCAAAGAAACAGAUGCUGUACAUGCGAUGGACAUUUAUACACAGAAAGGUCUAUUACUUCCAACUACACUGUUUGCUACUCUUCAUAUUCACGAUCUAUGUACAACAGUAUCACACGAAGAAAUGAUACAAGCAUUGAAACGCUUUCUCGAUGAAUAUUAUUCACCUGAGCAACUUACCCGCGGUCUAAGCAUCGAUACUAUUGUAAAACUGGUUCAAAUCAUUCUUGAGAAUCAACUAUUGGUCUUCCAAAAUAAAGUGUAUCGACAAAUCAAGGGAAGUGCCAUUGGUUCACCUUUAACGAUACUGUUGAUGAAUAUCUAUCUAUUCUAUUGGCAAACAGAUUUAGUGAAGAGACUGGUUGGUAAAAAUGAAAUAUUUGGUCGAUGUUUUAAUGAAGUAUUCCUCACUUGGAAUGGCUCUGAAAAUGAAUUUCGUUCACUAUUACAUACUACUGUUAAUGGGAAACGAUCUCCGAUAAAAAUCACAACUUCAAUGGGACAUCGAGUGAAUUAUAUCGAUGUUCACAUCAGUCAGAUCAAUGGCAAUCUUCAAACUGGAGUCAAUCACGAUACCGACACAGAACCACGUUGUCUUCCGUAUGUAUCUGAUCAUCCGCGUCGCAUGCAUUCAACGUUAUUUCGAGCAGCACUCAUCCGUGCCGUACUCUGUUGUUCGAAUAUUAUUGAUUUCAAUAAUGAACGACGGGACAUCGAAGUGACAUUUAAUACCAACGGUUACACUUGGGAUUAUAUCAACGAACAUGUUAACGAAUUCUUUAGAGAAUUUAAUGUCAGAGAAUUAAAAUAUCAAAUGCAUGAACAUAAAUAUGAAAAACUUCGUCGUCUCGUAUUCAAAUAUGAUUUACAACAGAUGGAUAUGAAAAUGAAACAACGAAAGCUUCAACAAGAUAAGGAAGUCUGGUAUAUUUCAUCAAGUUUGAAGGGCAAAGCACUGACAGACAUACGAAGUAGUUACGAAACAAUUUGGAAGCAUUAUAUUGAUGAUAGCAUAGAAUCGAGAAGAAUCAACAUCGAAAUCAUUACUCAACCAAAAUAUCCACCAAACACAAAAUGA